CUUUAAGAGAGUGUGCACAAUCCCAUGGGAGACGCGCAAUACUCUAUACCUGAUUUCGAUUACUAGCACUUAGGUUGAGAAGAAAAGAGAAGGAAUAAGAUAGGAGGAAUCAAGUGUCAUACGGAGCCACUGUUUUAUCCAUUUUCAGUCCUUUUUACCAGGCCUUUCUCUUACCCUUUAGGGUGCGAUAUUGAAUGCUCCGACACAGUAGUCAUCUGUUUCUCAAGGCUAGACCGAAGAAUGUCAAUGUUGAACCCGGUUCCAAUCGUUACCUAGAACCAGCAGUCCUUGCCAGGGCCAAAGAUAUUUUUUCUGUCCCUGACUUUCCAUGCAAGUCCGUGUUGCACAACUGGCGCUUUUUCAUCAAAGCAGGGAAGGCUGUCACAGGGCCACCGGUGGGCCAGGAGUUUUCCAAACUUGGACUUAAAGCUAUGGACUUUGUGAAGACUUUCAAUGACCGCACAAAGAUUUAUUUCAAAGACGAUAUUGAUCUUAUUGUUCGUAUUCAGGUCUACUUUGAUAAAUCUUAUCAGUAUCGUAUCGAGCCACCGCCAACAGCGUGGUUUUUACUGAGAGCCAUUCGCAAAAAGCGUGGAGAAACUGGUUCUGUAACACUUCAAGGGCACUACUGCGCUCUUCUUACACUUGAAAUGUGCUACGAAAUUGCGAAAAUGAAACAAAUAAAUUGGGGUAAGGUUGAAUAUCCACCUAUUGAGGUACGUGUGCGGCGCAUCGUUGGGCAGGCUCGACGUAUGGGUAUUUGUAUUAUAGGUGUUGAUACCGCAUACAGUUCUCCAAUCAAAGGAUUAUCAGAGAAGCAGUACAAGGCAGACUGUGAGAAGUAUCGUGCUAUUCACAUGGAGCAAUAUGAAAAUUUCAAGGAGAAAGAAUUGUCCGAGGCGCCUUUAAUCGAGCGCUUACACCACCCAAGCAUGUCAGCUUUAUCCGAUAAGCAGAUCGAGGAAGGUCUAAAAGAUCCGAAUUUGUUUAACGCCUUGUGGUUUGCUUCUCAUCCAAAAAGUGCGUAUAUGAGGAACUUAUCACACCGUGAAAUGGCCAGAAAAUAUUUAAAUGCUCAUGGAUGGUUCAAUGAUAUGACAGUAGAGGAAAUGCAGCUAGUUUUCAUGAAUCACAAGCUACCUUCCAAGGAGCGCCAACGACAACUAGAUCAGCAAAAUGAUGUAGAUGAUGGGCAGUUAUAUUGGUCCAGGGAUGGUGUGCAACAAUAGUGUGGUCCCAAUAGGUGGACACAGCAAGGCUUAUAUAGUCUAAUGGGUUAUUUGUCAUUAUUUACAAAAUAUUCUCAUGAUAAAUGAAUAUUCAAUGGAUUUGUCAGUUUGCGUAUGUGGAGUCAAUUUUUCCCCAAGGAGGAAAAUAACUUAUUCGAGAAAAGAAAAUACUGUAAUAAAGGCUUGCACAAGUAUGAUCUAGAUCGAUAA